GUAUACUAAGUAAAUCCUAACAGAUAAGCUGCUAGGUAGUCUUCAUAGUCACUGACUGCAUAAGACUAUAAUGAAAAUAAUAAUAAAAUAAAGUAUCACCCUCACUCACUUCCCUCAGCCAAGCUUGGUUUGGGCAGGCAAGAGACACAGGCACAACAGAACCAUGCGGUGCUUUCGCCGUCUCGGCGUAAGGUUUUUUCAGUGGAAGACGAAGAAGACACAGAUGCCGUACCAGCAGAGAAAUUUCUCAAGUCAAUUCUAUCCCAUUAUCAAUGCCGACCAACGCCUCGAGGAAGAGACAUUGCCAUUCUACGAGCAUGAGCAAUAUUAUCCAGUCCAUAUUGGUGAAGUCUUCGGCUCGAGAUACCAAGUGGUUGGGAAAUUAGGAUAUGGAGCUUACUCAACGGUAUGGUUAUGCCGUGACUUGAUUGGACUUACUCAUGCAGCGUUGAAAAUUUCGACACAAUUACAAAGAUUUCCGGAAAAACGACGCUCGGAGCUUGCUGUAUAUGAGCAUCUCAGCAAGGUCAAAUCAUCCCAUCCAGGCCAAGGAUAUAUUCGCGAGCUCUAUGAUACGUUUGAGAUUUCGAGUCCCUACGGUUGCCAUCAAUGCCUCAUUCAGCAACCGAUGCAUCUCAGUAUACUUGAUAUGAUGAGGUUAAAUCCCGACCCUCUCAAUUUAUCCCUUCUCAGAGAGAUAUUAAAAGGCAUCCUGACUGGCCUUGAUUUCCUCCACACAGAAGCUAACAUUAUUCAUACUGACUUGAAAGCAGAUAAUUUGAUGCUUCGCAUUGCUGACCAGUCAAUGCUCGAGGACUUUGAAAAAACAGAGCUGGAACGUCCGAGUCCGAGGAAAUUCAUAGAUGACAAGCAUGCAAUUUACAGCUCUCGCGGCUUCCGCAAGCCGAAGAAUGGCGAGUGGGGGGAUCUAGUCUUAUGUGAUCUCGGCGAGGCAAGGAUAGGACAUGUUCAACAAACAGGUCCUUUCAUCCAACCACAUAUUUACAGGGCACCGGAGGUGACCUUUGAGAUGCAAUGGGGCUCACCUGUGGAUAUAUGGAAUGUUGCUACGCUUAUCUGGGAUCUCUUCGAGGGAAGGCAUCUGUUCAAUAACCUCCUGGACGAACAAGGGAAUUAUGAUCCUUUCAAACACAUGGCUCAAAUAUUUGCAUUACUGGGCCCUCCCCCAAAGGAGCUUAUCUCGCGCAGUGAGACGACCCGGCAGUGCUUUGAUAUUGAUGGCGAUUGGAGGGCAAGUGUACAUGAGAAGAUACCCCAUCUUUCGUUAGAGGAUCUCGAGACUCGUCUAGAGGGAACGGAGAAGACAUUAUUUCUCAACUUCAUUCGGUCUAUGCUCAAGUGGCUCCCUGAAGAGCGAAAGACUGCCAAAGAACUUCUUGACGAUCCUUGGUUGAAUGAGCAACUGGACUGAAGGUAGAAACUGAAGAGUGUGCCAGGCAUUGGGUCCAUAGCGAGAGAAGAGGAAAGAUCACGGCUCUAACAAAAAUAUUUUCUACUGACUUCCACGCCUAGCAUUCUACAACAUCUUGGGUGAACCUCUGAUCCAGCGCCCACAAGGACAUAAGCCUUUAGCAAUGCGGUGGCGUUCCGGGUCGACCCGUUCGCCUAUCCAUUGCUGCAGUGUGAUAAAUUGCCUGGUUCAGUCAGGAUUCGGGGCACCUCGAAAGGAUACAGCAUGCAGUGUCAUUUGGCCCAAUUUCUGCCAAGGCCCCAGCCUCGUUUCAUUUUCCGAUAUAUACCUCUGGCAAAGAAGGUGGGGGUUGUCCAAUAAUGGAUGCUAGCCCAAAAUAGA